GCAAAAAGUCCACUCAAGUUUAAAACGCAUGUUCACAUGCCAUUAAAAGAGCUGUAUUAAAGCAGUCCAGAACAGAAUAUCUAAAAUUGCGCCUAUACCGCGAAAGAGAUUGCAUUUUGAGUUUGCAAGUUAUUCAGCAGUCUAAGUCAGUAAUUAACUGUAACUGUCAAAAAAAAAUCUCCGCGUUGAGGAUCCAGCAGCAUUCCUGUGUUUUUGCCUGUAACCUAAGUGACACGGGCUGCGAGCCCGGCGGAGGAGCUGCGCGGAAGCCCAGCUGUGCGUGCCGACAGUCCAGAUGUGGUCCCGCGAAGGAGGUGCACAUCAAGCUGCACGGGACGGCAUAUGAGCGGGUAUUCUGCCUGAACGGGAUCAGAAAGUACGCAGCCCGGCGCUCCCGGUCACUCCGGCUGUCUGGUUACGUUAUCUUCACCUCCGAUUCCUAUGUUACGUGUCUAGAGUUUUGCAGAAAAUACUAUGAAUGAACUGCUGGGCUGGUACGGCUAUGACAAGGUAGAGCUGAAAGAUGGGGAAGACAUUGAGAUUAGGAGCUACCCUGAUGGGGAGAGCAGGCAGCACAUCUCUGUUCUCAAAGAAAAUUCUUUGCCAAAAUCAAAAGCUGCAGAAGACCACAGCAGUUCGCCAAACAAUACAAACAGUAAUUUUUCGGGGCCAGCUGUGGGAAAUGGAGUUUCAGAUUCAUCUUCUUCAUCUUCUUCAAGGGAUCAUGGGAAUGUCCCAAUAAUUGUUCCAUUAAUCCCACCACCACUUAUAAAACCACCAGCAGAAGACACAGUCUCAAAUAUACAGAUCAUGUGUGCCUGGUGUCAGAAAGUGGGUAUCAAGCGCUACUCCCUAAGUAUGGGCAGUGAGCUUAAAAGCUUCUGCAGCGAAAAAUGUUUUGCAGCAUGUCGGAGAGCCUACUUCAAGCGCAAUAAGGCUAGAGACGAAGAUGGACAAGGUGACACAUUUCCCCAGCACCACUAUUCUAAGGAAACUCCAAGGCUUGUCUUCAAGAUAAACAGCGAUGUACUUGUAUGUGAUUGGUGUAAACAUAUACGCCAUACGAAGGAGUACCUGGAUUUUGGAGCUGGAGAAAGACGUCUUCAGUUCUGCAGUGCAAAGUGUCUCAACCAAUACAAAAUGGACAUUUUCUAUAAAGAGACUCAGGCCAAUCUUCCAGCUGGCCUCUGUAAUCCUGGACAUCCUCCAAUGGAGAGCAAGCCUGAAAGUAGUGCUGUGCAAUUACUGACACCUGAAUCAUGGAACAAUCCAUUGGGAGACUUGAGAAGGAAAGCUUCAUCUCCUGGGAUGACAAUGGUUAGCCACAGCCAAACACCUGGGCCCUCAGGGACUACACCAACAUCUCCCUCUGAACCUGCUGUCAUUUGUUCCUCUGCCAAAAUACCUACACCAGGACCUAAGCCCCAUGAGAGUCCAACACUUCCGCCACCAGUACCUAUUCCUCCUCCACCAAUAGGGGUCCCACCUGGAAGUCCUCCAAUGGUUAUGACAAAUCGGGGUCCCAUGCCUUUACCAUUCUUUAUGGAACAUCAAAUGAUGCAGCAGAUCCGUCCUCCUUUUAUCCGAGCCCCCCAUACCCCAAGUCCAAAUAGUCCUUUAUCCAAUCCCAUAAUUCCAGGAAUAGGCCCACCACCAUCUAGAAGUAUGGGCCAAACUUCAAGCCCCAUGCACAGGCCAAUGCUUUCACCACAUAUCCAUCCACCAUCUACUCCAACAAUGCCAGGAAAUCCACCUGGUUUAAUACCACCUCAUCCAGGAGCUCCAAUGCCAGGGUUACCUUUCCCACCAGUAAACAUGAUGCCAAAUGGCCACAUCCCAAUGCCACAGAUGAUGAACUUUAGUGUGCCAUCACUUGCUCCUUUGGUGCCACCCCCAACCCUAUUGGUGCCAUAUCCAGUUAUUGUUCCACUCCCAGUUCCAAUCCCUGUUCCCAUUCCCAUUCCCUUUAACUCAAAGUCCUCCAGCAGCGAGGGCAUCAUUCCAAACGCAUCACCUGAAUGUGGUGAGUCCAAGGAGACCAAGUUUGUCUCGCCCGAAUCCCAUGGUGAUGAAAACUCCAAAAAAGGGUCUUCAAAAUCCAUUGAAGCAACUCCAGCUUUGACUGGGCAUUGUUCUAAGCAAUCAGUUCUUCAUGAAAGGAGCAGAGGUGAAGUAGUUGAUUUGACUGUCAAGCCAGAAAGUCCAAUAAAAGCCAAGCUUAGCCACAUAAAUUCUUCAGUCUUCUCACCAGAUGGAGUUAUAGAUUUAACGGUAGGUCGGCGGUCUAGACUUCAACAUGUAAUCCAGAGAGCAGUGCAGAAUGUGCAAGUGAAAGAAGAAGCUGAACCCCAUAGUGUCCUCAAUCUAGCCUUUCUUGGAAGAGACAGAUUGGACAGCAACUGUAUAGACAACUGCAGUCCUCUGGAAGGCAUGACACUGCCUUGCAGUGAUCCUACACUUUGUGCUGCUGCACCACAAACACAGCAGCAUAAUCAACAGCAACAAUUUAUUCUAAGCAACACAGGGACAGAUUCCAUUCCUGCAGCCAUGUGCAAUGUCAUUGUAAAUGGCACAAAGACUACUGAGGCUGCCAGUAAGAGUGUUUCUUCAGAGCAUCGUCCAGAACUUCAUAAGACAUCACAGCACUCGGAACAAACUACGGUCAAUGAAUUGGAGUCAGUGAAGGAAAACAACUGCACAGGGGCCUCUGGCUUUCAACUGGAGCUGGACACAGGUAAGAAGGCUUCAUCAGAAGACUCUCUAGGUGGUGGGGAAAAGCAGGACCCCAACCUUAACAAUCCUGCCGAUGAGGACCAUGCCUAUGCCCUUCGCAUGCUGCCCAAGGCAGGCUGCAUCAUCCAGCCCGUGCCAAAGCCUGCAGAAAAGACUGCCAUUUCACCCUGUAUAAUCUCAGCGCCCCUGCUCAGCGCAGGACCAGAGGACAUUGAGCCACCAUUAAAGAGGAGGUGCCUACGAAUUCGAAAUCAGAACAAAUAAAAGGUUGGUCUCCUUACCUGGAAAGUGGUUUUGGCCCAAUGGAUUCCAGAGGGAAAGGGAAGGGAUAGUGGGAGUUAUGUCAUUUCUCUUUUAAUGCUCUAAGCAUAGAUUGCCAAACCAAUCUUAAAAAUAAAGGAUAAAGCAUACCCGGUAAACAUGUUGGUGAACGAAGGAUAAAUUAUUUAUUUUUUUCCCCCCCCCAUUGUGGUUUUAUUCAUUUGUAUCUGCUUUUUCACUUCUGUUCUAGCAUUUUCCAUUCCAGACACAGAAGAAAUAAUAUUAUUAAAAAGGCUUUAUCCUAUAAAAUGCAAAACAAAGGAAGAAAGCAAACAGUUGACAGAGUAUUUGUAAACUAAAAUUAUUGAAAAAACACUGAAAUGAUUGACAUUUUGCAGUUCUCUUCUAUUUUAAAACAUCAUGCAUUAACUGAAAGCAAGUUAUGCAGUUUUGAUACAAGUCUCCUUGCUGCUGGGAGUUUACAAUGGGCAUUCAGUCCUUGCAUUUUAAUAAACCAUGUAUUAUUCUCUUACAAAAAUAAAUAAGGAAAAACAUGCAAGAAAUUAAAUAAAUAAAAAAUAAACAAUACAGAAACUAAACACAUAAAAUCAAUCAACUAAUUCAGCUAGGAAGAUUAGAAAAGAAAAAUUGUAUAUUUCACCUCACUCAAGUUAGAGGCACUUCAUACAUUGGACAGCAGUAAACUGCUAAUUAUUUACCCCCCUGAAGCUGAUAUAAUGACAGUUAAAUGAAAUCUGGAUAGAGUUUUUGCUUCUGGUCACUUACAGUUCAGUAUUUAAAAGCACUGCCAUAAUGUUACAACAGUGACAGCAGAACGGCUGUGUGCACCUAUGUUUUACACUUCAAGAGAGGCAUCAUUUAAUAAUACAAAAUAUAAAACAAACAAAUGCAGUUAAAUAUCAUUUUUCCAGCAUUUUUCAUUUGUGACAAUUCAGAUGUUGUUCACAGAGUUCAAAUAAAAAAAAGCAUAGUAAGAUGGGCAAAAUACAUGUGGUAAAGGAUAACCUAAUAUAUUAUGAAAUUAACAUGAUACCAGUUCCACACCAAAACUGCGGUAUUGUAAGAGUUCUUUUCAUAGAAACUGCCGGUCUACAAUGCCACUUUUCCACUAACACCAGAAACCAUAAAAUUAUAAUAAGGCUGACAGCCUUAUACCAGAUGUUUUUCCCCUAUUACACCCAAGAACAAUAAAACCCUAAUUAUUUAUACAUUUACAAAGGUAUGUUAAGAUAAUAUGACCAUACUUACCCAAACAGAAAAUAUGGGAGGAAUUGCAAUGUUAAUUCUCAUAUUUCAGUACUUUUUUUAAGUCUUAUUUCUUAACCCUAUAUAUUACAUUGCAAAUGAUGCCAAUUUCUUACAGAUUCUAUGUUAUUUGCCUAAAUUUUGCACAUUAUUAUGGAUUUAAUAUCCAAGUCAUACUGAACUAUGUCAUCACGCCAACCUGCAAUAUAAGCUUGCAUUUUGCCUAUAGUCCAUUUUACAGCAAAAGGUUUGCAUGAUACAAAAUUAACCAAAGCAACUAAAAUAAUUAAAAAUGACACCCAAAGCAAUAGUACCUUUUGAUUUGUACGAUAAUACAGGACGAAACCAGUCAGUGACUACAAUAUCCCAUCUUCGCUUUCCAAAAGCAUUCCAAUCAAUCAGAGCUCCUUUUAUGGAGCAAGGCUUAGGAGAGUGAUACUUAAAAAGUGGUUGUAAGGACCUUCUUAAAAAUUAAAUGCAGGUAACAUAGGGAGUAGGCAUAGUCUAGUUCCUAAAAAAGAGCAGCAUUAAAUAAAGUUACAAGCUCUUUGCAUAUCUACCAUGUGCUCCCUUGCUCAUCCCAAAUUCUAAUUCAGAUUUUUAUUUUUUUUUUUAAAUCACAGAGGCCAUUACUCCCUGCUUUAUAAACUGUUCACCAUGACAUCAUUUAGCUCAUACAUCAGUUUUCCUUUCACAUAGACAUUUGUUCUCAAAUUCAUUUUCUUUGCAAAAAGGGUUUAGUCAUAAAGGUAACUUUUCUCAUAUGAAAAUUAAUGUCUUGUUCGCAAAGCUUUUAGGUUGUUAAUAGCUUUUAAUGGAUCAUUUUUAAAAUACAAUGGCAGUUUUCUUUACUCAACAGGCCUGGGAAAUGACACCAAGAACAUGGCUAAUCUAUACAUUUAUUCUAAGUGAAAAUAAUCUAUGCUUGGACCUUAUCUUUGGGUUAUUCUGCCUAUCUCUGUGACCUUUUUUGGCUUUAGGGAUUCUCCUACACCUUCCUCUGACCAUCAGUUGAACAUACACAUAAAAAAGCAUGUUCUAAACUCCACUGAACCCUUCUGUCUCUGCCAUUCUUCCCACAUAAACAGAGUGUCAGCCAAUGCAAAUUAAUUAAGAGCAACUCGACAAACCUUCAGACUCCCUUGUGUACAUUUAUGCAUGCUGUCGCAUACGUAUUCAUGUAUUUUAAUGACACAAUUCACAGCAGUCACCCAUAAGGAAGUGCACAUACUGUACUAUACAUAUUGUAAGAAAAGCACAUUUCUGAACACAUGGUUAAUUAAAAUGGCUAAAAACAGUGAUCAGAUUCUAUUGAUAUGUAUUUUCCAAAGCCAGUCUGUAUAUUAAGAUUUAUGUUAGUUUUCAAAAAAAACAGAGUGACUAACUACCUGGCAAAUAAUUCAGUUGAGUACUUUGUUGCCAAUUACUUGUUAAAAUGUUAUCAAGAUUUUUUUGAUGUAUUUGUUAUUAUUGAACCUAAAUCCAUAUUAGUUAAGGAUUAUUCAUUUCCCAGUUAAGAUGCCUAAGUGACUGUUAAAAAUGUUCCUGAAAAAAAGAUGUGCAUACGGACCUGUCUGAAUGUCUGUUUUGUCUGUCUACCAGUCUGCUUUUUCAUUAAAACAGUUUAUUGUGCA